AAGAGAGAACCGCCAUGAAGAGAGAAGGGGGUGCCGCCCACCUCUGCUCCGACUGUCUCCCCAAGUCCCAGCGACAAGACGGCAACCAUGCAACCAACUUCUCCAGCCACAGCUCAUGCCGCCGUCGCCAGCGGCGCCGACAUGACAAGGCGCUGCAUGCCUGCUAGGCCAGGUUUCCCCUCAUCCCCAGCCCUCGGGUCGUCGCCCCCGCGCUGCCAUCUGAGACCCGGUAGUGCCGCCCCUGCUGCAGCGGGAAAGAGAACAGAGAGUCCUGGGGACAGGUACCGUGCAGAGGGCUUGAGAAGGGGCCGGGUCGCGGGGGCAAGGGUAGGAGGGGAGGACUGCAGACGGCCACUCUUCCAGUUCCCGCCAUCCUCCGCGAGCCCGGACCGUGGCGUUCGGGUCCCGUCGAGCCCUCGCCCAGCCUCGCCUCCGCGCAGGGGCUCCUGGGAGUUGGAGUUUUCCUUUUCUGUAGUUGGGCUGCUGCUCGAUGGCUACGGAGAACUCGUCUUAGGUAGAGCAUGAUUUUUGUCCUUCACGAGAUCUUGACCCGGGGUCCUGACUGCUUAAAGAAUGUUUAGGUCGUUUUUUGUACGUUCUGAGUUCUG